AUGGCAAUGAGGUCAUCACCGUUUACAGUGUCACAGUGGCAAGAACUGGAACAUCAAGCUUUGAUCUUUAAGUAUAUGAUGGCAGGUUUGCCUGUGCCACCUGAUCUUGUGCUCCCUAUUCAGAAGAGCUUUGAGUCCAUUUCUCAUAGGUUCUUGCACCAUCCCUCCAUUGAGGUUAAUUUUGCAGUGGGGUAUUGUUCCUUUUAUGGAAAGAAGGUGGAUCCGGAGCCAGGACGAUGCAGAAGGACUGAUGGCAAGAAAUGGCGGUGCUCCAAAGAUGCAUACCCGGACUCCAAGUAUUGUGAGCGGCACAUGCACCGUGGCCGUAACCGUUCAAGAAAGCCUGUGGAAUCACAAACUAUGGCACAGUCAUCAUCUACUGUGACAUCAUUGACUGUUUCUGGAAGCACUGGUGGGGCUGGAAGCUUCCAGAGCCUUCCAUUACAUGCCUUUGGUAGUACACAAGUCACUGCUUCUGGAACCACCAGUCAGUCCCAUUAUCAUAUGGAAUCAAUCCCCUAUGGAAUCCCAAGCAAAGAUUAUAGGUAUCUUCAAGGAAUUAAACCUGAGGUUGGUGAGCAUAGUUUCUUCUCCGAAGCUUCAGGGAGCAACCGCGGUCUGCAGAUAGAAACUCAACUGGACAACACAUGGCCUCUUAUGCAGUCUAGAGUCUCUUCGUAUCCUCAGUCAAAAUCCAGUGGCAACCCCAUGUUACAGAAUGAUUACCCCCAGCAUUCAUUUUUCGGCGAAUUCAACUCAGGAGAACCUGUGAAGCAUGAGGGUCAAUCUCUUCGACCUUUUUUUGAUGAGUGGCCUAAAACCAGGGACUCUUGGUCAGCUCUUGAAGACCAGAGAUCCAACCAGACCUCAUUUUCAACAACCCAGCUAUCGAUAUCCAUUCCAAUGGCUUCGUCUGACUUCUCCACAACUAAUUCUCGUUCUCCACAAGAUAGUUGAAUGAACCGAAACUCGAGAAUUCCGGAAGGGAAUGCCCAGACAAGUUCUAGCUACUUGACUAAUAUUGUACUACUUGAUGUUUUUCCUUUUACCUGUCCUCUAUUGUUCUAGAACAGUGGGUUUUCAGUUUUCAGCUUCACUGUGUAGUAUUAGUACACUGCCAAGGCUGAGGUUUUAGGUAUAAAAUAAAACAAACUCUAGCAGGUAACUGAAAAAUCCAGAAAAUUGCAGUUUUAAUUGAAUGAAUGAAAGAGCAACAAAUUUUCUGCGUGGAUUUUUAUUAUUAAGUUGUUCCUCUCCAUUAAAAUUACAGCUAU